AUGUCUACCGACGGAUCCACCUUAGUGAGCAAACCUCACAAGGAAGAAAUAAUCUCGAGCCUAGGGGCCGAGGAUACCGAGGCGGAAACCAAGCCGACCAUCUUCUCCUCCACCUUCCAAGAGGCUGUCUUCAUUUUCAUCAUUGGCCUGUCGCAACUAUUCUCUGUCGGCGGUCUAGGCAAUGCCGCCUACUCAAUGGAACAGAUCGGUGCAUCUCUUGGCACAAACAGUAAUGGGCAGAGAUCAUGGUUUCUAGCCUCCUAUUCCCUCUGCGGUGGUGUCUUCGUCCUAGUCACCGGCCGCUUGGGUGACCACUUUGGCCACAAAUACGUCUUCCUCUUUGGCUGGAUCUGGAUGGCCAUCUGGUCACUAGUCUGUGGCUUCGCCCACGACGUUAUCCUAUUCGACAUCGCCCGCGGUAUGAUGGGAAUCGGCAAUGGCGCAUUAGUCCCUAACUCCUUCGUACUACUAGCGCGUGCGUUCCCACCUCUCUCGGUCAAGAAGAACAUCGCCUUUGCCUUCCUGGGCUUCUGCGCUCCCUCGGGGUACAUCUUCGGCGGUUUGAUCGGAGCUGGCUUUGGUGAGAAAGUUACCUGGCGAUGGGGAUUCUGGUUCUGGGCUAUCGGCUGCCUCAUUCUCAGUUUGGCGACUUUCGUCGUUGUUCCUCACCGAAUCGGCUCCCCAAUUUUAGGAUUGAGUCUCCGCCAGUUCGACUACAUCGGUAGCUUGCUCGGCAUAUCAGCCCUGAUCCUGUUCUCCUUUGCCUGGAAUCAAGCCUCGGUCGUCGGCUGGCAAGAGCCCUAUACGUACGCCCUGCUUAUUGUCAGCGUCUUCCUGAUCGUCGGAUUCACCUUCUCCCAGUCCCAUGUCUCUGCCCCCGUCCUGCCCAAUUCCCUCUGGACCCGCCCUGGCUUCGCACCCGUGAUCAUUGCCAUGGCAUUUGGCUGGAUGUCCUUUGGAAUCUUCCUAUACUAUACCACGGUAUACAUCCUCACUAUUCAUAAGACCCAGCCGCUUGCCGCAGUGGCUCAAAUGGUUCCCCUCGUCAUUGGUGGCUUGUUUGCUACAACGGCUGUUGGACUCUUCAUCGCUAAGACGCCUGCCCAGUAUAUAUUCGGCGUAUCCAUGUUCUCCUUCUUCGUCGGCAACCUGCUCAUGAGUUUCGUCAACUACUCGAAUGUCUACUGGGCCUUUAUCUUCCCCGCUUGUCUGUUUGUCGUGGGUGGGCCCGACUUGUCCUUUGCCUCGUCUGGAAUUCUCAUUACCAAUGUCGUCCUCCCCGAGGAACAAGGUGUUGCGGGAUCCUUCAUCUCGACGGUUGUGCAAUACUCCAUCUCCAUUGGUCUCGGUAUCGCCGCCACUGUUGAGUCACAUGUUAAUGAGGGAGGACAGAACCCAAUCCGCGGAUACCGCAGUGCGUUCUGGUUGGGAAUUGGAUUCGCAGCUGUGGGAUUUUUCGUUGUAAUUUUCUUUGUUCGCGACCACAGGUUUGAUUCCAAGGCAGAGGAUCAGCCCGGUGCCAUUUCCGACACGGUGGAUCUAUGA